GCACAAAGCUUCAUAUCCACCCUGGCCUGCUGUCACUGCCUCUCUCUCUCUCUCUCUCUCUCUCUCGCAGCUGAUCCCUGUCAUCUCAUCUCUCUGAUGCCGUCCUCUGCUGUCUUUUGCUCUUUCUCUCUCUAGCCAGCUGUCCGUCCCCCGUCCAUCGCCGCCGUCUUUUUGUCUGCUGCUUCUCUUUCACCCCCCAGAUAUCUCUCUCUUUCCCUAAUUUCCUUUCUGCUGAUUUUCCCAUCAUCUCUUCCCUCUCUGGAUCCGGGGCGAGAUAUGAAGCGGCACCAUGGGUUUCAUGGAAUUCUACCUGGAGAUUGACCCCGUCACCCUGAACCUGAUCAUCCUGGUCGCCAGCUAUGUCAUCCUGCUCCUGGUCUUCCUCAUCUCCUGCAUCCUGUACGACUGCCGGGGCAAAGACCCCACCAAGGAGUACGCCCCCGACAGCACACCGGCGCCGCCCAGCCAGUCGCCCAUACGCCUGGUGGUCAUGCAGAACUCGCCCACCUCGUCCCGCUACGAGCCCAACAACACGGCCGGCCACGGCGAGCUGCCGACGCCAGACCUGAGCCGGGAGAGAGGAGAGAGGGAGCGGGAAAGAGAGAGGGAGAAGAGGAGUACUCUGGUCUGAGGAAGAGGAGGAGGGAGGUUCUGACAGACGACCCUGAAGUGCUGCUGAAUCACUUUGUACAGACUCUUAUUUUUACUUUUAAACAUCCCUGGACGGUGUUGGCGAGCUGCUGAGUAGGUCAGCGGGAGUGUCUCAGCCACACCUGCUGAAAAAACAGCAAAUCCCAAAAGUCCUUUAAAUCCCUGCCAUUGGCCUCCAUCCACCUGCAGCACAACACCUGCGGGUUCAGCCUGGACCCUUGGAGGAACUCAAUAACAUCCUACCAGAAGCUGCUGAGGACCAAGGUCUGACGUCCACCAGUUCACCGAGGUGUGAUCAUCUUCUGGGACCCUGGAGACUUUUGGACUUUGACUCCGCCUUGUCAGGGCCUGUUCGCAGUAACACAGAUCCAUCAUUUACGUCUGAGUCUCGAGCUGAGGAACUGGGACGAGGCGUCGCCAGCUGGCGUCCAGUCUGGAAGUGAAUCAGAUGACGGAUAGCCGACUACGCAGGACAGUAACAUUACUUCAUCUAAGACAGGAGGAUGUUUUGGUCAGUACCACAGCAUGGACAUGAGCACAAAUUAUGUCAAAUACAUAACAGUGCAAAACAGAGACCAACAAUGAUACAAAGUACAACGCACCCG